AAAGAUAAGCCCCCAAACUAUCUCCCGGCAAGAGAAGAUCUCUUAUUUUGGAGACUUUCAGUGAAAAACCUGAAAAUACAAAGUAGGAAAUUCCCCAUGGUAGCUGGAGAAGAGCAGGAACAGCUGUGGGUGGAGCUGUUUCAUCAGCCUAGAGUUGCUAUGUAAAGGGUCUAAAGUCCAACUCCUCUUGGCGCCAAUUUGUUGGCGCCAAUUUCAAACUGAACAUUAGGUUCUUUUGUAUAGGCAAGAUUGAGCUGCCAUGCUGACCUGCAACCUGGUCCUUUGAUUUUCUGAGAGCCUGACAAUUGUCACAGAGAAAUAGCAGCUGAUUUGGAAGAAAGGCAAACUAUCCAAAUGGAAGCUUAAUGAAAGACACCUUCCCUUUGUCUGCACCGAUGACAAGGAAUUGGCCGUUCCUAGCGCGAAUGUUCUUGGGCAUGUGACCUCGUGGAGGUACUAAGGGGACUCAGAAGGACUGUAAAAAAGAUCUUCAAAGCAAGGCAGCCUGAAUCUUGAUUAUUUUUCUUUUUGUAACAAAGACAAUUAUGUCUUGAAAGAUGGAAGGAGAAAUUAAAGAUAUUGAUUCUGGAUGUGGUGUUUGUUGGAUUCCUGAGGUGACAACUCCUGCUUCUUCUGGAAGCUCUGAUGCAAAGACGGCAAGAAAUGCUGAUAAAAAUAAAGGGUCAGGAGAUUCUGGAUAUUGUGAUCCGUUGACUUCUGAAGUGACAACUGCAUCUUCUUCUGGAAGCUCUGAUACAAAGCGUGCAAGAAAUGCUGUUCUAUGUAAGCGCACUGCAGACAAGAAAUUCAUUACAGCAGCAGCUGUUGUGGUCAUUUUGAUCAUUGUUGUAAUUUUAUUGGCUGUUAAAAAAACAGAAACAUAUCUGCCUUGUCCUCUCCUUGCGAGCCAAAGUGUUGCCUGCCCAGAUUUCUGGAUUGGAUACAGAGGAAAAUGUUUUUAUACAUCAAAUGAAGAAAUGAAUUGGUCUCUCAGUUUAAAGAUCUGUUCUUCAUUUAAUGCUUCCUUGGCUGUGAUUGAUACUCAGAAUGAAUUGGAUUUUUGGGUAGAAAUUUUCAGUCCGUUUCAUUACUGGUUUGGUCUCUCAAGAGAAGUUAACCAGACCUGGAAAUGGUCCAAUGGCACUGAGUUUAAAAAUUGGUUUCCAGUGCGAGGAGAAGGUUUCUGUGCAUAUAUAAAUGGAAAAGGGGCUGAUAGCACCAUGUGUUCCAUGGAGAAACUUUUUCUCUGCAGCCGGCCAGAAAGUUGCAGGAAAACUGGAUAACACAACCUCAUCCAAAGAAGGAACUCUUGUCUUGACUAGUAUUCAUUGCAGAAGCAUACGUUUGUAGUCUCUCCUGGCACAUCCAGAUUUGCUACUGGCCAUAUAGUCUUUAGUUGUAAUCCUGAGGAUGCAUCUUCAGAUCCUAUCUUAACAAAGCUAUUCUGGAUCUUCUGGGAAAUUUCACAUAUCCAUGUUACAUCACUACUUCUCACUGUGUUACGUUUUUAUAUGUGUAAUAAGUUCAUCUCUCUUGUGCUCCUCCUACAUCAUCUUCUAAGAAGGUGAGAUUUACAGUACAUCAAGACGGACAGCUGACUGAAUAAUGAAAUGUAUGCAAGAAAUCAACCAAGCUCAGAGAGCCCCAAGGAUCCCACUGUUAUCUUUCUAAUUAAAUAGGAUAAAAACAUCAUAAGAUGUACUUAACCUUGUUGGCCUUUGCCAAAGUAUUGAAAUCCUUGCUGUUUCCCCAAGCGUUUGGGAUGGUGGGGAGGGGGAAGAUGAGCUCUGCUACUAUUGAUACUACUAAAUUAAUCCUUAGUUUAUCCUUGGGCACAAGUAGAUUGUUAUGUUUGGGAAGGUUGUUUGUUUUUAAUCUGAUAAAACACCCAGAGCUGCUUAAAUGAGAUGGGCAGUUAUAUUAAUGAUAAUGGCACAAUUCCAAAAUUGGAAAACACUGGUCUGGAUCAGUGGUGAAAUCCAAUUUUUUUUUACUACCGGUUCUGUGGGCGUGGCUUGGUGGGUGUGGUGUGGCUUGGUGGGUGUGGCAGGGGAAGAAUACUGCAAAAUCCCCAUUCCCACCCCACUCUGGGGCCAGCCAGAGGUGGUAUUUGCCAGUUCUCUGAACUACUCAAAAUUUCCACUACCGGUUCUCCAGAACCUGUCAGAAGCUGCUGGAUUUCACCCCUGCUCUGGAUGGAUAAUAAAUGGAGCACAUAAAAAGACUAGUCAAUUAUUUCUUUCUCAGGAUGCUUCAAGGAGGCUCCAUUUUCAUGGUAGACAAAAAGGAGCCUAUUUAAAACAUUCAGAGCAGUGUUUUCCAAUUUUGGCAAGUUUAAGAUGGGCAGAAUUCAACUUCUAUAGACUUUUAGUCAGUACUGGUCUUUUUCUCUUGUUUGUUUUCAGUAAGAAAGCCCUGUACUUUAUUUUGCUUUUUUAAAUUUUCAUAUAUAUCUUUUUAAUAAACAUUGGUUAA